AUGCCUUUCAAGUGGGAUGCUGCUUCCGAGCGAAACCUGCUCCUCUUUGCUAUCGCAGAGAUGACUUCACCAGCGACUUCGAUCUGGGCCAAGGUUGCUGAGAGACUUGGUAAUGAUCUCAAUGCGAAUGCUUGCAGCCAAAAAUUCUACAAGUUGAAGAAAGACAGCGGACGGAUCCUUCACCAGGGCGACGCUACUGUCAGCGGUGAUUCAGCCACGCUAGUCAAGGAAGCUAAGACCCCAAAGACCCCUACCAGCAAGGCCACACCUGUUCGAAAGCGAAAGGCCGCGGAUGCGGACGAUGGAGAAGACGUCAAACCUUCCAUCAAGCGCAAGAAGAAUGCCAAGAAAGACGUUCCAUCUGUUCCAGAGGUCAAGGAGGAGGUCCAGGAUGAGGAAGACAACAUCGUCAAGACCGAGGAACGCAACGACGACUGA